GAUUCCACCAUAUAAAAAUAGCAAGAACCAGCAUCGAACGGAUGAUGUUCAUCCUCUCUCUCUCUCUCUCUCUCUCUCUCUCUCUCUGUGAGGGCUGUGAGUUGACUUAGUUACAGCGGGUACUCCAAAGUCCAAAGAGGGCUUGUUUCUUGUGUGGGGUCGCACCUCAGGAGUUAGGAGAAUCUUGGACUCGCGCAAUAGCGAAGAAUUCCGUAGAGCGUUUGGAGACGCAGAUGAUUACUAUGGCCUAGAGGGAGGUCCUUUCUUGUGCAGGGAAUAUCGCAGCUAGAGACAUACAGCCUCUUUUGGAGCUUUCUCUCUCUCUCUCUCUCUCUCUCACAGAUGAGAUCUUGAUUUUUGCAAGAGUUUCUUGCUUGUGAGUACUUGAGGAGAGCAGGAAAAAAGACCAAAGGAAAUUUUAAGUUGCUUCCGUGAGAAUCUCCUGGAAUCUUUCUUCAUAGUUAAAUCAGCGGAUUACUUCUGGAGAACAUGUGGAGAAAUGGCCUUAUCUUCUUGUUUCUUUUCAAUCCUUGUGAUUCGCCGCUCGAACGUUGUGAUUGUCCAAACACUUUAUGAACCCAAGUUUGUCCUUCUUGCGUCAAUAACGGCUGCUUUAAUCCGAGGUUCUCCCCAGCUUGACUCUAACUGCAUAUGCAUAAGAUAGAAGCAUGAAGUUGUCUUAAUUCGAUGGAUCUGAGAAUCUUCUCUUUUCUUGGUUUUGGAGUUGGAUUGUCUAAUUUAUCUUGGUUUGGUUGGUAAAUUCAAGCUACCAAUCUGUUGACAUUGCAUGUUAUUGGGCUUAUCUUAGUAGAAGGGUGAUUUCCUGCACGAUUCGGAUGGAAUAACAUCCAGGGGUUGGAAAAUAAAAAUGGAGGACGCUGUCUUCUCACCAAUCCUAAUGCCCAGCACAGCUCCGGAUUCAUCCAUGGACAUCGACUACAUGGAUGAACUGUUGCUAGACGGAUGCUGGUUGGAGACUAUGAAUGGAUCCGAAUUCCUCCAACAGAGCCCUCCCAGUUUUAGUGCCUUUUUUGGCUCUCCAUUUCAAUGGCCUGCUCUAGAAAAUAUUGAGUGCAACUCCAGCGCUGACCAGCUUCAAAAGAACAACCAAGUGGAUAUGCAGACACCAUUGCUCCCCGGAGAUUCUCCUAUGGAAGAAGGCCAAGCAAAACCUCUGGAUAAUCCUCAGUCUCUGAGUGCUGUUGAGUGUUCUACUCAGUCGGAUAAACAUGGUAAUGAAGGAUCUGAUUUCAGAAGAAAAUGGUGGAUUGGGCCGAGGGUGAGUUCGGGUCCAACAAGUUCUGUGAUGGAUAGGUUGAUCCGUGCUCUUGAUUGCAUUCAACGUUCAACAAAAGACAAGGAUGUCCUUAUCCAGAUAUGGGUGCCUCUUAAUAGAGGUGACAAUCGUGUACUCACAACCAAUGACCAGCCCUUUUCACUUAAUCCUAGCAGCAGGAGGCUUUCAAAGUACAGGGAGAUAUCAGUGAAUUAUCAGUUUACAGCCGAGGAGAAUUCCAAGGAAUUGAUGGGAUUACCUAGUCGGGUAUUUUUGAGGAAGGUUCCUGAGUGGACUCCUGAUGUCCGUUUCUUCAGAAGCGAUGAGUAUGCCAGGGUUGAUCAUGCUCAGCAUUUCGAUGUCCGGGGAACACUUGCUCUUCCUGUCUUUGAACGAGGGAGCAGGACUUGCUUGGGUGUUAUUGAAGUUGUGACGACGACCCAGAAAAUCCAGUAUCGGCCUGACAUUGAAAGCGUUCGCAAAGCACUAGAGGCUUGUGAUCUUAGGAUCUCUGAAGUAUUCAGCAAUCACAAUGUAGAGUCACACUCGAAAUCAUAUGAAGCCGCAAUACCUGAGAUUCGUGAAGUCUUAAGCUCCGCCUGCGAGACGCACGGAUUACCACUAGCCCAGACGUGGGUCCCAUGUAGCCAACAAGGUAAAGGAGGUUGUAGGCACUCUGAUGAGAACUAUGUUCACUGCGUUUCUACCGUCGACCAUGCUUGCCAUGUGGCUGAUCCUCGCAUCCAACCAUUUCAUGAGGCUUGUUCUGAGCAUCACUUGCUAAAAGGUCAGGGGGUUGCUGGGAGGGCGUUUCUAACUAACCAACCAUGCUUUUCAUCGGACAUAACUUCUUUGGGAAAAACUGAAUACCCUCUCUCUCACCAUGCAAGAAUGUUUGGGUUGCGAGCCGCAGUCGCUAUCCGUCUAAGGAGUAUCCACACUGGUACAGCCGAUUUUGUGCUAGAGUUCUUCUUACCUGUGGACUGCGAGGAUCAUGACAAACAGAAAAAGAUGCUAGGUUCGCUCUCCAUCAUUAUUCAACAGGUUUGUAAGAAUUUGCGGGUCGUCACCGAGGAGGAGCUGGAGGAGGAAACUGUCUUGCCAGAAAUUCCAGUGCUUUCAGAAGGCAGGCCUCAAGCAGAACACUCGCUGAAGGUGGAAAGAAAUCAUUUGGAGAGGUGCCCUGAAGAAGAUUCGUCCUGGAGUGCUCAUGUUGAGAAAGUUCAACAGAGUGAUACGGUGACUUUGGCAACACAAAAGGCCGGAGCAGGGGAAUUAUUUGUCGAGAAAUCUCUUGAUUUCAGGCAAUUUCAAGACUCGAGUACUGAACGUGGUGAAGAUUGCUCUUUCUAUGGUGAAGGAAGCUGCUCCAAUGCGGCCAGGGGAAAAACAGGAGAUAAGAAACGUACGAAGGCGGAGAAAGCCAUCACCUUGCAAGUUCUUCGUCAGUACUUCGCCGGUAGUCUUAAAGAUGCUGCAAAAAGUCUUGGUGUUUGCCCCACGACCUUGAAAAGGAUAUGCAGGCAACACGGGAUCAAACGUUGGCCAUCUCGAAAAAUCAAUAAGGUCGGUCACUCCUUACAGAAAAUUCAACUUGUAAUGGACACUGUCCAAGGUGGGUUGGGUUCUUUCCAAAUCGGUUCUUUCUACACAAACUUCCCCGAGCUGGCCUCUCCAAAUCUAUCCAUUACCAGUCCCUUAUCUAAUUCAAACCACAGCGAUCACCAGCAACAACUGAGCAUGCAACCAGGAGCCCUGAAUGUUGAUUCCCGGGCUGCUUUGUCGAAGUCGGCGUCAUCAUCGUGCAGUCACAGUUCCAGUUCCAGUCAGUGCUGUUCCAGUGGGAGAAAGCAGCAUCCGUCCAUAGUGGACCUCGUCGCUGAAGGAGAUCAUUUAGUUUCAGAAAACAAUGAGGAUGUUAGUCCUUUAAAAAGUGUCCGAAGUCAUGUAGAAUUAUUACAAGGCUCGAGUCAGGAAGAGCAAAAGCUCCUGCCCAGAUCCCAGAGCCAUAGGUCUUUCGACCCCAACAUGGAGAAUCCGCCGCCAUCACCCAAAUAUGAUUGCCAGGCAUCGCGAGAGGGGGAUCCUCUGAGAGUAAAAGUGGCGUAUGCGAAUGAGAAUAUCCGCUUCCGCAUGCAGAAGAAUUGGGAUCUCAAGGACUUGUGGGGAGAAAUCGCAAUGCGGUUUAGCAUAGAGGACACGAGCGAGUUCGACCUCAAGUACUUGGACGACGACUCCGAGUGGGUACUGCUGACGUGUGAUGCCGACUUGGACGAAUGCAUAGAUGUCAGCAGGUCAUCCCCGGGUAGUACGGUCAAACUCUCGGUCCAAAAGUCUCAUCAUCGUCGUCUAGCAAGUUCUUUGGGCAGCAGUGGCCCUCCACAGAUGUAAGAUGCAUCCUGAUUCUGCGGUCAAGGUUUGCCUCUGAACGGUUGAAAUAUAUUUUCCUAAAAUGUUUGAAGAACCUCUUUCCAUGUGCAUUUUUGAAGAUCUCGCGGGAGAAGAACUGUAAAGUUUGUACCCAGUGGAUGGUACACGGGACUAUCAGCUAGAGAAGAGGCUUCUCAUCUUGAAUGUGCGUGGGAAUAUUUUAGGACAGACCUUUCAGUUACAUUUCCCCUAGAUACGUUUUCUGUUUGUUUUAAAUUGUAUGUUCUUUCAACUGCCAUCAAGUCAAAUAAAGAUGUCGGCAUUCUUACAGGGAAAUGAAAAUGAAGCUUUCUCUCUGGCCACCAAAGAAAAAGAGAAGAAAUUGGGAUUUUCUUCC